CAAAUUUUCAUCCUGUUUAGGCCCAACCCAGAAGACUACUCAAUAUCUGAAAAGGGCUGACCCCAGCUUGCUUGCUUGCUGUGUAUUGGGACCCCUCAAAUUUAAGGCUGAAUCCGAAUUCUUCUCGCCCAAUUUUCCCUGAAAUUCAACAUAUCAGAAAACCCCUCCAGAUUUUUUGUUCUAAUAAAACAAUGACCUCAUCAAUCUAUUUGAUGAUGGUAACAGCAACCCAAUUUCCCAAAAUUCUCCAAUGUUUUAGGAAGUAGCUUAUUAGUCUAAACCAGAUAUGGAAAGGCAUAUUAGAGGAUAGGAUACAGCACACUUCUAACUGAGUUUAAUGCUCCAAUAUAAUCUGGUUUGUAAUUUUCCCUGGAGCACUUCAGCUGCUUGUCUUUUUCGAAACAAUUUUGAAUUACUUCCAAAACUUGACUAAAUUGAGGAUGAGCAGAAUUGGUGAGAUAUGAACUACUGUGAACUACGGGGAAAAAUGUUUGAGAAGAUAUACGCGUCUGACAUGUUUUAAGUCAUGGUCGUGGAUGGUCAUAGAAGAUGGAGCCCCUUAUUUAUUUAUUUAUGGAAAGGAUAGCAGAAGUUUCCAAGUCACCCCAAAUUUCUAGAGAGUGGAAUAGCCAUGAAUCAAAUGUGACUAUUACAGACUAAUCCUCCCUUCUUAAUCCUGUCUGUGAUUGAUAAAGCUUGAAAUUCCAUGUCCAUGGCGUCUUCAUCUUUAGGUUUUAUCUUUGCUCUUUCUGCUAUUGCUUCCAUCGUCACCCACCUCGUUGUUUUGUCUGAAGCUCAAAAUCCAACUCAACCCACCACCGAUCCUGAUCAAGCAAGAGCUUUGAAUUCCAUAUUUAGUCAAUGGAAGAUAUCGGCGCCAUCAGGGGUGUGGAAUAUAAGCGGGAAUCUGUGCAGUGGGAGGGCAGUCAACACUACCACGCCCAUUGACAGCUAUGGAAACCCCAUUCCUCUUAUAAAAUGCAAUUGCUCAGCCAACAAUGGUGCAACUUGCCUCAUUACUCAACUGAACGUUUAUGCAAUAAAUGUUGUUGGUAUACUCCCACCAGAGCUAUGGACAUUAACGUCCCUCACCUAUCUGAAGUUGGAUCAAAAUUUCUUGACAGGAACACUAUCUGCAUCUGUUGGUAAUCUCACAGAAUUGCGGAGCUUGAGCCUGGGCACUAAUGCAUUAUCAGGGGAACUUCCGAAGGAACUUGGAUCUCUUUCUAAACUGGAAAUGUUGGCUCUCGGGUCCAACAAUUUCUCUGGUUCCUUACCACCAGAGCUUGGAAAUCUUUCUAUGUUGAAGAAACUAUACAUCGAUAGCUCUGGAGUUACUGGUGGUAUUCCUCAAUCAUUUUCACGUCUAAGAAACUUGAAUACAGUAUGGGCAUCGGACAAUGACCUCAGUGGCAGAAUACCUGAUUUCAUCGGGAGUUGGACAGGGCUCACAACUUUGAGGUUUCAAGGAAACUCUUUUACAGGUCCCAUACCGUCGACAUUUUCAAACUUGACAUCUUUGACCGAGUUGAGAAUAGGUGAAUUAUCCAAUGGGAGCUCUUCUCUAUCAUUCGUCAGUAAUAUGACAUCUCUAACUAUCCUGGUGCUGAGAAAUAAUAAUAUGACAGGUUCAAUUCCAUCCAACAUUGGAGAAUUUCGUAGUCUUACCCUGCUGGACUUGAGCUUCAACAACUUGACAGGAGAGAUUCCAAGCUCGCUUUUCAAUUUGAGUUCACUGUCACACUUGUUUCUUGGAAAUAAUAAGUUAACUGGGACCCUACCUACACAAAAGAGUGCAUCACUUCUUAAUAUAGACUUGUCAUAUAAUGAUUUAUCAGGGAGCUUUCCUUCUUGGAUCAACCAGCAAAACUUACAGCUAAAUUUAGUCGCCAACAAUUUCAUCAUGGAAGGUUCAAGUAUCAGUGGGUUGCCUUCGGGAUUGCAUUGUCUUCAACGAAACUUUCCUUGUAAUCGAGACCGUCCAAUAUAUUCUGAUUUUGGGAUCAAAUGUGGCGGUCCUCAGUUCAGAAGUUCAUCAGGGAUUUUGUUUGAAGCGGAAAAGGAGACUCUCGGUCCUGCUACGUACUUUGUUACCGAGUCAAAUAGGUGGGCGGUGAGUAAUACUGGAUACUUCACUGGGUCCAACAAUUCUGAAUACAUAGCCAAUACAUUGUCUCAAUUCCCAAACACCCUUGUGGGAGAACUUUAUCAGACACAGCGACUAUCUGCUUCAUCAUUGAGAUACUACGGACUCGGACUUCAGAAUGGCAACUACACCGUGAACCUUUAUUUUGCAGAAAUAGUUCUCUCAGAUUCAAAUACAUGGCAAAGCCGUGAGAGGCGUCUCUUUGAUAUAUAUAUACAGGGAAAUCGUGUUGUACAGAAUUUUAAUAUUAGAAAGGAAGCAGGUGGGUCUUUCCUUGCUGUCCCAAAGAACUUCACGGCGGAAGUUACAGAAAAUUUCCUGGAAAUUCAUCUCUUUUGGGCGGGGAAAGGUACAUGCUGCAUACCAAAUCAGGGUGCUUUUGGACCUUCCGUUUCAGCCAUCAGUGCUACCCCAGAUUUUAAACCAAAUGUCAGUAACGUACCUCCAAGUACUAAGGAGAAUAGUAGAACGGGCCUAAUUGCAAGGGAGGAUAAUAGAAAGGGCCUAAUUGUAGGUCUCUUUGUUGGGUUAGGAUCUGUUUUCUUUCUGAUUAUUGGCGCAGUUUUCUUUAUCGUCCAGAGAAGGAAUAGGCGUCGUGCCAAUGAAGAUGAAGAGCUCCUGGGGAUAGAUGCUAGACCGUACACUUUUAGUUAUUCUGAACUAAGGGGUGCUACAAGCGACUUCAAUUCAUCCAACAAACUUGGCGAGGGAGGAUUUGGACCUGUUUACAAGGGAACACUAAGUGAUGGAAGAAUGGUUGCUGUGAAGCAACUCUCAGUGGCAUCCCACCAAGGAAAGAGCCAGUUUGUUGCUGAGAUUGCCACAGUAUCUGCAGUGCAGCAUCGCAAUCUUGUGAAAUUAUAUGGAUGUUGCAUCGAGGCCGAUAAACGUCUCCUUGUUUAUGAGUUUCUUGAAAACAAGAGUCUUGACCAAGCAUUAUUUGGAAAAAAACAUUUGAUUAUUGAUUGGGCAAAACGUUUUGACAUAUGCGUGGGUGUAGCAAGGGGCCUCACUUACCUUCAUGAGGAAUCAAGACUUCGCAUAGUGCACAGAGACGUUAAGGCCAGUAACAUCCUGCUUGAUGGUAAUCUGAUUCCCAAAAUUUCAGAUUUUGGCUUAGCUAAACUUUACGACGACAAAAAGACUCAUAUAAGCACUCGUGUUGCUGGGACAAUUGGUUAUCUUGCACCUGAGUAUGCCAUGCGUGGCCACCUUACGGAGAAGGCUGAUGUGUUUGGAUUUGGCGUUGUGGCUCUUGAAAUUGUGAGCGGAAGGCCGAAUUCAUACCCAAGCUUAGAGCAACACAAAAUAUAUCUUCUUGAUUGGACAUGGUACCUCCACGAAAACAACCGUGAACUGGAGAUGGUGGAUCCUGAAUUAUCAGAGUUCAGCAAGGAGGAAGUAAAGAGGGUGAUUGGUGUAGCUCUUCUGUGCACUCAAACAUCCCCAGCUCUUCGGCCAUCCAUGUCCCGCGUGGUAGCAAUGCUGACUGGAGACGUUGAAGUGGCCGCUGUAACUUCCAAACCAGGAUACCUGAUAGACUGGAAAUUUGAUGACAUUACAAGCUUUAUUGAUACUCCAUCAACUGAAGAACCUGAUAGUAGCCUUUAUGCAUCAACAAGUUCGAAUGUUGUUGAUAUAAAGCAAUUGCCAGACAAACCACUGCUCCAUGAAUCAUUUGGGGCCGGGUAGAUGAACAAGCUUGGUAUUGACAUUUUUCAUUUUCUUGUUUCACAUUUACUCAACAUCCCCCCCACCUCAGGCUUUGUACAUUACAAUACAACAUUCCUGAAUUAUAUAUAUGAUUUCAAUUAUUUAUGUUCUUGA